AUUCUCGCAUCCUGCAACGUCCUAAGCUGUCCUAAGGGUGCAGCUUCCGCUCGCUUGAGUUCUUGACCCCCCUCGUCUAAUUGCUCGACAUGUUCCGUCUUCCGACCCUUGUCUCUCUUUUGAUCCUCGCCGCAGCGAAGGUCGUGGUCUCGUCGCCUUGCGUAGCGUUCGACUCGAACUUCAAUUUGCUCGUCUUCGGUCUCGAUGGGAAGGACUGGAGCGCAGGUACACAGAGUUCAUGGACAAACGGUACUGCGACGGACAUUACUGCAUCUGGGCGCCCCUCAUUUGACGGCACGAACACUACGUGCUACCUCGCACAGUUCUACAACAGCAUUUAUUUUAUGAAUGCCCAGUCUAACGACACGUCUUCUGUCUAUAUUUACGACGCAGCCACCAAGUCGUGGUCCACGCAGUCAGUCACCACCGGCUCCUUCAGCCCGUCCGACUUUACCGCUAUCCUGGACCACGACACUAACGUGUUCUACGCGCUGUCGGGCGACUCGUUGUACUACUUGGACAUGGGCGCGUUGACGGCGGCAAACUCGAGUGCGCUCUCUUGGGUAGAUGUCGAGCAGUCGCCGUAUGGAGCGAGCUAUUCAAACCCGGUGAUGGCACUAGCCCAAAAUCACGUUCACUUCCUAGACGUCCCUGGAGUCAGCGCUGGCGAAGCGAAGAUUUAUGUUAUUCACUACUCGUAUUUCCAACCCACUGCGCAGGCAUACCCGCUCUCGAACGGCAGCACCGGUUUCCCUGCCGCGCACGGCAAGACGGCGUCCUUCUUCCAGUCUGAGGGCGUGCAGCAGGAGUUCGCGUUCAUCCCUGAUGACGGCUCGGCAACAUACGUGAUCAACGUCGAGACGAACACGACGGCGGCCUACGCCGGCCCAACGAAGAAGGACGCCGAUGCGACGUACGCUGCGAGUAUCACGGCGCUCGUGCAGCUCGACAGCGAGGGGAAUGUGAUAUUCUUCCCGUACACAGAGGACGACGCUUCUGUGAACGCGGCGGCUUCGUGGACGACGGUGAAGGCACUGGCGUCGGUGGCGCCCGCGAGCUCGUCGGCGUCGAGUACUGCGACCGCUAGCGGGGCGCAUAGUAGCGGCACUGGUACGACGGUGUCCACCAGUGGUUCCGGCUCCACAUCGACGGGAUCUGCGUCUUCCGGUAGCAGCAGCAGCUCCAAUGGGAGUAUGGCUGUCAGGAUAAGCCAUGGGCUCGUUGUGGCUGGGCUGAUGGGUGCUGUGGCCUGCCUCCUAUAAAUAUCGGACAUCCUUUCGGGAAAUCUCGAGUAUAUCAGUUUAAUCAUAUUGACUACGUGUGUGCCUCCGUACUUUCUGAUCAUCGACAUGACGUAA